CCGCGGGACGACCCUGAGGCGCGCCAGUCGACGCGCUGACGUACGACGUUCCAGGUACUUUCCCCAGCAGCGGAUCGGGCUUACGUGGGGGCGGGGCGGGGCGCGGAGUGCGCAUGCGCCACAGCCCCAGCACUCAAUCCCGAAUCGUGAGGGGACCUGAGCUUCUCCGCCGGCAGAGGCUCCGUUCGCGCUAGCUCGCUUCAUCGGCCAUGUCUGCCACCAUCGAGCGGGAGUUCGAGGAGUUGGAUGCUCAAAAUCGUUGGCAGCAGCUCUACUUGGAAAUUCGCAGUGAGUCCCAUGACUAUCCUCAUAGAGUGGCCAAGUUUCCAGAAAACAGAAAUCGAAACAGAUACAGAGAUGUAAGCCCAUAUGAUCACAGUCGUGUUAAACUGCAAAAUGCUGAAAACGAUUAUAUUAAUGCCAGCUUAGUUGAAAUAGAAGAGGCGCAAAGGAGUUACAUCUUAACACAGGGCCCACUUCCUAAUACAGGUUGUCAUUUUUGGCUCAUGGUUUGGCAGCAAAAGACGAAAGCAGUUGUCAUGCUAAACAGAGUUGUGGAGAAAGAAUCGGUUAAAUGUGCACAGUAUUGGCCAACAAAAGACGACCAAGAGAUGCUGUUUAAAGAAACAGGAUUCAGUGUGAAGUUCUUAUCAGAAGAUGUGAAGUCGUAUUAUACAGUACAUCUACUGCAAUUAGAAAAUAUCAAUAGUGGUGAAACCAGAACAAUAUCUCACUUUCAUUAUACUACCUGGCCAGAUUUUGGAGUCCCUGAAUCACCAGCUUCAUUUCUCAAUUUCUUAUUUAAAGUGAGAGAAUCUGGCUCCUUGAAUCCUGAACAUGGGCCUGCAGUGAUCCACUGUAGCGCAGGCAUUGGACGGUCAGGCACCUUUGCUCUAGUCGAUACCUGUCUUGUUCUGAUGGAAAAAGGAGAUGAUAUUAACAUUAAACAGCUGUUACUGAAUAUGAGAAAAUAUCGAAUGGGACUUAUUCAGACACCAGAUCAACUCAGAUUUUCAUAUAUGACUAUAAUAGAAGGAGCAAAGUUUAUAAGGGGAGAUUCAAAUAUACAGAAACAGUGGAAAGAACUUUCUAAAGAAGACUUAUGUCCUGCUUUUGAUCAUUCACCAACCAAAAUAAUGACUGAAAAAUACAAUGGGAACAGGAUAGGGCUAGAAGAAGAAAAACUGACAGGUGACAGAUAUACAGGACUGUCCUCCAGAGUGCAAGAUACUGUGGAGGAGAACAAUGAGAGUGUUCUACGGAAACGAAUUCGAGAAGACAGAAAAGCUAACACAGCUCAGAAGGUGCAGCAGAUGAAACAGAGGCUAAAUGAGACUGAACGAAAAAGAAAAAGGUGGUUAUAUUGGCAACCUAUUCUCACUAAGAUGGGGUUUGUGUCAGUCAUUUUGGUUGGCGCUUUUGUUGGCUGGACACUGUUUUUUCAGCAAAAUGUCCUAUAAAUAAAACAAUAUUGCCCAGCAAGCUUCUGCACUAAUAGCUAACAGCGUUGCGUUAAUCACAAGGGUUUUUCUGUUAGCAAACUCCUCAUACCCCAAAAACGGACACCAGUAGAAUAGACACCACCCAGAUAAAUGAUAUAUUCCAUCUCAGCCCAGCAUCUCAGGGCUCUGCCCCCAAUAUGUAAACGGUGAUCUAAAAUAAAGACUUUAAUGCCUGUUAAAAACUGGUACAUUUUGCAACUGUAUUCAUCUAUGUUAAACAUAAAUGAUCAGAUUGAGAGAUAUCCUUUAUCAAAAGGAUUUGUUUUUGAGGCUAUCUGGAUUUUAACGUUGAUACAAGCAAUAAAUAUUGUGGUUUUAUCUACAUUAUUACUAAAAGGAAAAUGACCUUUAAAUAAUGUGUGUAAUAUAUAAUGUACUAUUAAUAUGAGUAUCAAUAAUUUAUAUUCUUAACCAUUUCAGGGUAAAUAUAUUUUAUAAGUACCUAUUUUAUCUUACUUUUUUGUACUUUUAUAAAAAGCUCAAUUUGAAAAAUCUGUUACCAUAAAAAUAUUGUAUGUUGAUUCAAUUGUACUGGCUACAUUUUCAUAAAGAGAAGUUUGAUAUGAGAAGUUAGAACUCUGAGUAAGCAUUUUUUACUAUAUAUUUUCAUUUCUUUUGUUUUACAGUUUUUCCAAUUUAAAAAAAAACAAGCAAAAAUUUUCUCUAAAAAUAUCUUUGAACAAAAAUUCUUCUUACUAAUAUAGUCAGGUAACAGUUGGUCAAGACUUUGUAAAGAAGUUGGUUUCUGUAAAGCCUAUUUUAAUACUCUUUAUUGUUCAUGAACACUUCAGUGUGACUACCCUAAUUUAUAAUUAGACUAAAUCAUGAUUUAGGAAAUAAAAAUAAGGAGCAGCAUUUUACUGCCAUGAUUUCAGUUUACUAGACUGAAGUUUUGAAGUAAAAAUAUUUUCAAGUUCUUUCUACUUUAAUAGUAUGAUGGUGUAAAAACCUUAGAUUGUCCCUUUAAAUUGUUAACAAAUAUAUUUAUAUAUGGCUUAAUGAAUUUAAUUGCUGAUUAGAAUUGGUAGCUUUUAUCAGACUUCAACAUCCCAUUACAUUAAAGUUAUUAGACUCCAACAUUCCAUUAAAUUAAAGUCAUUAUAAAUUUAAUUGCUGAAAUAACAUUAUUUCAGUGUUUUUCAAACUGUGAUUUCUAAGGAAUCACCAAGAAGCGGAAGGAAAAACUCUAAGCUACCAACCUUUACUUUCAACCAGACUAUUUCUCCUUUACCUAUUUUAUAUACUGCAUAAGAUUUCUGCAUGAGGUUUAAUUUUUUAAGGGGUGAGUUAUGACUUUAAAAAGUUGCAAACCAUUGGUGUAGAUAGAUGUUUGGAAUUGAUUUGAGUAGCCUACUUGAAUGUGUUAAAUUGUGCUGCAAGUAUGAAAGCAGGAUGUAGGUGGUACUACAUAUUAAAUAAACUUCUGCCUGUGUCCUAA